CCCUGAAUAACUCCCAGGUCAGCACGUAUUCUACUGAACGGAUUCCUCCACCUCGUAUAGCCAUGAAGAUGCCUGUCCCUGUCCUCCUGCUCCUCUGCCUCUCUCUGGGACCCGUGUCCUCCCAGGGGGCAGAUCAAGCUACUUUCGCAGCGGCACAGACUGUAAAACCUGGAAUGUGUGACACUGCUAUGCAUUAGAAGUCUCAUUUCCAUUACUGCCUUUCUCAGCUGGUUUGACUUUCAAUGAUUUUGUUCCCCUCCAGCUUGGCCUGGGUAUCCCGGCUAUGACCAAGUGCUGUAACCAGCUGGACCACUGCUACGACACGUGCGGCACCAACAAGUACCGCUGCGACACCAAGUUCCGCUGGUGCCUCUACGGGAUCUGCUCCGACCUCAAGAAGAGCCUGGGCCUUGUGUCAAAGGUCGAAGCUUGUGAGUCGGUAGCAGACACCCUGUUUAACACGGUCUGGACGCUGGGCUGCAAACCAUUCAUGAACAGCCAGAGGGCAGCCUGUAUCUGUGACGAGGAGGAGAAAGAGGAACUGUAAAGCCAAGGACAGCCGUGCCAGUACCGGAGAGGCAUUCCUGCACUAUCAACACAGGCUAUAACAUGAAAUAAAACAGUACAAGAACAUUUGUAUUACAGCGCAUUUUAAUGUAAGACUAUGGAUUUUUCCGGAUUGUUGCGAUGCUGGGUCCCGUUAAGGAAUGCUGACCAGUUCCAGCCAACCAGACUUUCAAAUUCUUGGGCCUACAGACACUUAAUAAAAUAUACAAUGGACAUAUAGCUUUGUGACUCCUAAGGGGCAGACUAUGGUCUUUCGGAUCGGUAAGAAUAGGACACUGAUCCUAGGCUCAAUAACAAACGACACAAUGGCACUCCAGGGGUGCUAAGAGCCUGCUGGGCUGGUAAGCCACUUUAAUCAACUCCUUCAUAUGGCUUUCUUGUUGUUGUAGUCAGACCUGCUGGAUCAGACAGCAGGAAAGUAGUUUUUUUUCAUUUCAAUUUUUCUUUAUUUAUUUCAAUAUUUAAUUAAUCAAACAGGAAGAACAUAUCAAAACAAAAUAAUCCUCCUGGGGUUGAAGGUUAUGUCCUUUUAAUGGAUAAGGAGAAUGAGAUUCCCUCGGUUUUUUUCCACCACCUAAAAACAUACAGAUUAUACAAAAUGAUGUGUGACCUUUUAUAAAAAUAAAAAAAAAAUACAAAAAAAAAUAAAAAAAGAUCUGGUUUAUAUCAUUUAUAUCAUUGUAAU